UUUGAGAAUUUGUAGUCUAUUUGACGAGUGUUGGAGUGUGAAAGCUGUGGCUUGGUAGCGAGUGUUGAGUUUCAAAGUGGUGUUCAAAAUUUAAGAGUUUUUUUUUUUUAAUAUUCUUAUCUUUUCCUUAAAGAAAAGUUAAAUCAACGGAGAAAUGGUAUUAGCGGAAAGAAAUUCAGAAAGUCUACGAAAUGGACGAAGAUCAAGAGGUCCUAGUCCUAAUGGGCAAACUGAUUCUUCCAGCGAUGAAGACGGAGUUCCUGCGGAAAAAAUUCGCGUUGGUCGAGAUUAUCAAGUUAUAGUUCCGGAAUUUAUUCCACUCAAUGAGAGACGAUUAGAUCAAUGUCCUGAUAGAGCCUUACUUGUUUGGUCACCGACUGCCGAAAUACCCGAUCAUAAAUUGGAUGAAUAUAUAAUAUUAGCAAAAGAAAAAUAUGGUUAUAAUGGAGAGCAAGCUUUAGGUAUGCUAUUCUGGCAUAAACAUAAUUUAGAACGUGCAGUGUUGGACUUAGCAAAUUUUACUCCAUUUCCUGAUGAAUGGACAGUUGAGGAUAAAGUUUUAUUUGAACAGGCUUUUCAAUUUCAUGGUAAAAGUUUUCAUCGCAUUCGACAAAUGCUUCCUGACAAAUCAAUUGCAAGUUUAGUAAAGUAUUACUACAGUUGGAAGAAAACACGAACUAGGACAUCGUUGAUGGAUAGACAAGCACGAAAACUAACAAAUAGUGGUAAAGAAGGAGAAAAUGGUAGUGAAAAUGGCAGUGAACUUGGUUCCAACACGGAUAGUGAGUCUGAAGAAAAAGGGUCGUGUAGCAACUGCGGCGUUGCUUGUCAUAGCGUUCGUUCUACACCCAAGGGACACGCGUGUCAUAGCUGCUAUCUGCACUGGAGGCGCACCGGUGUCGCAAGGCCAUUGAGUUCUAUGCCAGGUCGUACAAACAAAAGAAAACCUCCACGUGGACUGGUAGUUAAUCAUGACGAUUUGGCAGCAUUAGCAGGUCAACCGAAUCAAACCAACAACAGUCUGCAAGCAAUUGAAACAGAAAUCGUUAGUCUCAAACGACAAAUUCAGUCAAAUAAACAGCAAGUCAGUGCAUUGAAACGUAAAACAACAGACGGAAUUGAUGAUUUACGACCACCAGAAGUUACAAAUCGCAUAAAUGCACGAUGGACAAAUGAUGAAUUAUUAUUGGCCGUUCAAGGUGUUAGGAAAUAUGGCAAAGAUUUUGCAGCAAUUGCAGAUGUAAUUGGAACGAAAAAUGAAUCACAUUUAAGAUCCUUUUUUGUAAACUAUAAGAGAAGGUAUAAUCUUGAUACAGUGCUUAAAGAAUAUGAGGCAGAAAAUGGUCCAAUUUUAAUCGAUGACGAAAAAGAGGAGAAGAUGGAAGUCGAUCAAUUUUCAAAUAAUGAAACAGCAGAAACAUCCCAAAAAGCAAAAUCUUCUAGUGGAGUAAAUCCAUCAACAAAAUAACAAAUAAAUUAUAUUUCGAAUUCUUUUAAAUAUGAGAAAUCGAUUUAAAUUUAAGUAUAUAAAAUAAUUAUUUUAUCUGAGAGCUUCUGCUGUGCAUGUAAGUCUACUUUUGAAUUUUUAUGUAGCACCACGUGGAAAGCUAUUUAUGAAAGAUUACCUUUCACAUAAAUGUAGCUAUUAUUGUCAUCUUUAUUGUUUUUUUUUUUCUUUAAAUUUGGAAACAUCAUAUAAUUGACUACAAUUACAACUCUUAUAUUAUGAUUGAAGAAAUGUUACAAGAAUUUUUAAUCUUAAUAAAAGAAGAAAAAAUAUUACAAUUAUGAUAGAGAAUUUAUAUUCAAAUUGAUGCAAUAUAAUUUUCUAAUAUUUCUGAAUAUCACAUUUAAGAUCCAUUUUUUUAAAAAAGCAAUUUGAAUAUAUUCUUUUAUUUAUGUUAUAAUAAUCUUUAUAUUUAACUUGUUUAAAUACCUGUUUCUAUUUCAAGAUAGUUAAAAUUUUUAUCUUCUGUAAAAUUAUUAUGAAACAUUAAAAUUUGAGAUUGCAAGAGAUAAUUUAAAGUAUUUUUUUAAGAGGCCACUCCAUUUUGUACAAAAAUCUAGAAUUUCAUUUUCUUGGAUUUUUUUCUAUUAGCAUUGACUUAUUUAAUAUUAUUUCUUAUUUUUGUGAUAUUAUCAAAAAUUAUUGUAAUAUUACAAUUAUAUUAUUAUUAAUAUAGUAAUUAACUAUAAAAAAAGAAUAAUAAAUUUUAUAAAAUUUGACGAAUAUAAAAAAAUUAUUUUUCAAAAUUCAUAAUGACGAAUUAUAUUGGUGUGUCCUCUUAAAAUGUAUAUUCUACAAGAUUUUAAGAAUUAUGAACGAGAUUGUCAUAAAACAUACUCAAAAAUUACUUCUAACGCAGUGAUGUUUAACAAAGAGAAAAAAAAAUGUAAUCGACUAGUAUAAUUUUUUGGCAUAACCUUUAAAAAACAAAAAAAAAAAAAAACCAAAAGUUUAGAAAUUUAAUGGAGAUAAAAUAUUAUAUAUUAGUGGUUCAACAUGAUUGUUUUUUAAUGUGUGAGAAUCAUCAAUCGUAAAAAAAAAAUGAUAAUGUAUCAUUUAGCCUCAAAUUAUUUUUCAGAUCCCUUUAUUUUUUUUUGCAAUAUAUAGAAGAAAUUUUAUUAUGUAAGUUAGAGGAUGCAAAAAUUUUUGUUAAUUUCACAUUCUAUAUAAAUAUAUAUUUAUGUGUAGAUUUUGGCAAAAAUAAAAAUAAAAGGGGGAAUUAAAUGUGAAAAAUCUGAAAAUUUUGAGGAGAAAUGAACAAAUAUCGAAAGUAAACCUUGUGAAUAUAAGUAGAAUUACUUUUUAAGUCGUGUAAUAAAAUUACAAAAAGUA